CUAAAACAUUUGGAGUUUAAUAAAACGGAUAGAAACCACAUUUUAAAUUUUUACAACCCCUCUCCAAUACUGCACUAAAUAUGCUAAAAAGUGUUAAUUACAAAAACUUGAUGAAAACAAAACAAAUGAUGACUGAUUUAUCUAGUAUAUAUCUAGACCCUUCUUGACUAAUAGAUUUCAAAACAUCUUAUUGACAGUAGUAACAUUACACCAGAUCAAUUUUAUCCUAUUGGACAAAAGGAUGAUACUGUCUUUCUGGAUUUCGGUCCCUUUGCUUUGUGCUCUAAAUAGUGUGUUUGCUGAAAAUGAACUAGUUAAGCAAAUGUGCCCGUGCUCUAAAGUUGAACCUGAAAUUAAUGCUGCUUUUGAAGCCAGAGGUAGGAAACGUCGCAAGCGAGACACAAACUCUACCAUUGGAGAUGAAGUUGAUUACCGAAUUGUUGGUGGUUAUGAUGUGAGUAAAAAUAAACCCUGGAUAGCUAAACUCUGGCUCAUCAGAUUUGAAAUGCUAUGUGGAUCUACAAUUAUUAAUAAAAGGUAUCUGUUAACAGCAGCACAUUGUACCUGCAAUGUUCUACAAUGUAUUAAAGGAGUUCCUCAAUACAAUCCAAAAGUGGAAUUUAAAGCAUACCUGGGUAUAAACGGAAAUGUUGUUCAAAUUGAUAGUUCAGACCUCAGAGGUAAUCCUCGAUAUGAGUAUGGUGUCUUGGAGAUUAAAUCUCAUCCAGAAUACGCUCUGAUGACUUUUGAUAUUGCUCUGGUAAAACUGGAUAGAGAUAUACAAUUUAUUCCUGGAGUUUUGGAAUCCAUCUGUUUACCUCUAGCUGAUGAUAGAUCUGAUAUUGUAGAAGGAGAAGAGAACUUGGAGGUAUACAUUGCUGGCUGGGGCCGAAUGUCAUCAGAUUGCACUACCAAUGAAUAUGGUCCAGUUAGAAACCUGAAGUGCAUGUUUCCAUUUAACUAUAGAGGAUAUGAGAAUUUUGGAUGUUCUAACUCCAGGAGUCCAAGUUCACAAUUACAACUUUGCAAUGACUUUAGACAAGCCAUGGCUGCUGAAUAUCCAGAAUCCCUUGGUUCCAGUAUUGUUAUAUUAGAAGGAACAAGGAAAACUCGCUGUUUUUCAUUCUCUAUAGGAGAUUCUGGCUGGUGUCAGGGAAUUGCAACUGAUGAUCAAUUUGAUGAUAACUGGGGAUGGUGCCAACACUCAUGUUCCCUACAUAAGGAUUCUACUAUGAGAUUACCUAAAAUACUUCAAGAGACAAGAUUACAGAUUUUACCAAUGGGUGUUUGUAAGGACCUUAUAACCAGAGGAAACUAUAAGUUUGUUGGGAUGAAUGAAAUGUGUGCCGGAAAGAAGAAAACUUUUCCUCCAGUCAAAGUUUGGGAGAAAAUUGGAACAUCAUUUACAUUUAGGGGAACUGAACGGAACUUCUUUGGACUCAAUGAUGAUGGAAAAUACCCGUAUAGUUAUUAUAUCUCCGGAUCAGACUCCUGUAAUGGUGACAGUGGUGGUCCAGUUUACAGAUGGAUCAAUGGGGUUCCUAUACUGGUGGCUGUGGUCUCUAGGGGAUUUGGGUCUGGAAAUAUGGAUGGGUGUGCUGAGUUAAACUUCCCCGGUGUUUAUACUAGGGUUGCCAAGUUCUUAGAUUGGAUACAAGCUGCAGCAGCUGAUGGAUAUUGUUAGCAAUUAUGAUGAAUAUUGUUAGCAAUUAUAAUGGAUAUUGUUAGCAAUUGUGAUGGAUAUUGUUAGCAAUUUUAAUGUGUUUUUUACGUCUUAAAAAGCCUUUAUGCUUAAUUUAAAGUGUCCCUCCAUGCAAAGAAAGCAAUGAUGCCUGAUGUACAAGUUUGAAUAAGAUAUCCAUGUUUUGUCUAUUUAAACUGUUUAUUUUCAUUUCUCUGUAAAAGUCAUUUGCACAUUUCCUAUACUUAUAAGAAGAAAUGGGGAAAUUAUCAGAAAUAGAAACUACAGUUUCUUUAGAUUAAAGUUUAAGGGUUUAAGUCAGAAAUUGGCAUCUUUGCACGGAUCUGGUCACUUGAAAUUAUGCUGACAGUCCCUUUAACUGUAAAAAUUACCAGAUAUGGUUAAAAUCAAUGUGAUAAAUUUCUUUAAAAAAAACUUUGGAUAUUUUUUGUUCUUAAUGUUCUCUAUGAUUUUAAAUGACUGUACAGUGGACAACUAUCAAUAUCACAGUUGUAAGCAUUUUAAAUUUGCUGUGGUGUUUUAUUUUGAAUGGUACAAGUUGCCUUGAAUAGUGUUUUCUAAACAUUUAUGGUUUUUUGGCUUUUAGGAGUCUCAAUAAAAUCUUACACAAUCUAA